GCUGAGGCUUUGGUCAACCACAGGAAAUUUGAAGAUGCAAUAAUUUGUCACCAAAAAGCAUCAGAGUUUCUCCAGGAGGCAAUGAAGAUGACCCAGGUCAAACAGGCUCUGGUUUCCUUGCAGUUACAGGUAAACAAUCAUGGUCGGCAGCAAAGAAUCUUGAAAGAAAAAUGGAAGAGAUGUGAAAUUGAACAACAAAAGAGAAUGCAGGAACAGGCAAGGGUAAUUCAAGAAAGACCAAAUCAUGAAAUGGCCAAAAGCGACAGAGGUGUACCAGCAAAAGUGGAAAUGAAAAACAGUACAGAAUUGGUUGAUGUUAAAAAAGAAACAGAAUGUUUGCAAUCUAGUAGUUUAGUGAUAUCAGCAGAGAACUUCUCGGUGUCAUCCACAAGCUCUUCCUCUGACUGUGCUGGUUCUAAAGAUGAGAAAUCAGCAGUAAAAGAUCUUGAAGGACAAGUCAGUGACUUGCAAAUGCAAGUUCUAUCUCUUAGUCAGGAAUUAGAGGACUGCAACAGGGAGAACUCAAGGUUGAAGAAAGCGCUAGACAAUGUUCGUGAGUUUGUGAAGUUUCAAUUUGGCUAUGAAAUUGAAGAUGAAAUGCUUGAUUUUAAUCUUGUCAAGAGCCAGCGUGGAACUCAAUUAGAGCUGUUUCCUAGCAAUGCUCACCUAAUUCAAGAGAGUAAAGAUAGGGAUGUUUAUAAUGAAGAUUUAAAAGGAGAACAUCAGGCAGUUACGUGUAAAGAAAUCGGUGCCAAGACCACUGAGAGUGAGUUUGAUAAAGACAUACCUCUUCCUGCUUUAGAAACACCUCAAUUUACUUAUGAAGAUGAACAUAAUGAAGAAGCAACCAGUUGACAGGCUCUGCCUAGUGAUUCCGUGUGUAGUGUUUGGUAACGAUCACUUUUAAGA